GCCCCCUAACCCUCUCCCUUACUCUUAGCAGACACUCUGCUCUUUCUUCUUGGCCAUAAACUCAAGCCAAUUACAAUUGGGCAAAACAACACCUUGGCCAAGAAAACAUCUCUUCUUCUCAGGACACACUUCACUUACUCUCUGUCUUUGAAACUCUACGUUCUCUGCAUCUGAAGAUUGGAACUUUAGCCUCCUUGUGAAUCCUUCAAUGUUUUCCUCCAGUCCGUGAAGAACCAUCAGUCACACCCAGCCCUCUUUGUAUCAGCAAAAAACCAUAUGGAACUCCAAAAGCUAUCAAAUGGUCACCACCAUGGCUUCGUCCCUUUGGAAAAUGGUAUCCCGCGGGCUGAAGAGGAAGAAGAGAUGUUACCACAUAAGAGUGAUGGGACCAAGAAGCCCCAGUUUACAGAUUUUGAGGGGAAAACCUCUUUCGGAAUGUCCGUCUUUAACCUCAGUAACGCCAUAAUGGGGAGUGGAAUUCUGGGACUGUCGUACGCCAUGUCAAACACAGGCAUCGUUCUCUUUAUAAUCCUAUUGACAUGUAUCGCCUGUCUGUCCAGCUACUCGGUUCACCUCCUGCUUAAGAGUGCUGGGGUUGUGGGUAUUCGUGCGUAUGAACAGCUGGGCUUCCGGGCUUUUGGACACCCAGGAAAAAUAGCAGCAGGUGUCAUUAUAACCUUUCACAACAUUGGUGCAAUGUCCAGUUACCUCUUCAUUGUGAAGUAUGAGUUACCUCUGGUCAUUCAAGCCUUCCUGGGCUUGUCAUCAAACACUGGAGAUUGGUUCCUGAAUGGGAAUUACCUCAUCAUCAUCGUCAGUGUGUGCGUCAUCCUCCCACUUGCCCUGAUGAGACAACUGGGGUAUUUGGGUUACACCAGUGGCUUCUCCCUCACCUGCAUGGUCUUUUUCCUUUCCUCGGUCAUAUACAAGAAGUUCAACAUCCCCUGCCCCCUGGUGCCAAAUGGCAGCAAUCACACAACAAUUAUCAACACCACCAUGGAAGAGGAGGGACAGUGCAAAGGCAAAAUGUUCACCAUAAACCAGGAGACGGCGUAUACCAUCCCCAUCUUGGCGUUCGCCUUUGUUUGUCACCCUGAGGUGCUUCCCAUUUACACUGAACUCAAAAACGCAACCAAGAGGCGCAUGCAAGGGAUUGCUAAUGUGUCCAUCAUGGGCAUGUUCGUCAUGUACCUCCUCACUGCCAUCUUUGGUUACCUCACCUUCUACGUGAACACGGAAUCCGAGCUCCUCCACACCUACAGCAAAGUGGACCCUCUGGACACCCUGAUCCUGUGUGUGCGUGUGGCCGUGCUGGUGGCAGUCACCCUUACUGUCCCUGUGGUCCUCUUUCCUAUUCGCAGAGCCAUUCUCCAGCUCCUGUUCCCAGAGAAACCCUUCCACUGGGCACGCCACAUCAUCAUCGCCCUGUGUCUCCUCUUCGUGGUCAACGUUCUUGUAAUCAUUGUGCCCAAUAUCCGAGAUAUCUUUGGCAUCAUUGGGGCCACCACUGCACCUAGUCUGAUCUUCAUCCUCCCAGGAUUAUUCUACCUCCGCAUUGUUCCUACUGAACAAGAACCAAUGAAGUCAAGACCAAAGAUCACGGCUGCCUGUUUUACAGCCAUGGGCUUCAUCUUCAUGUCUAUGAGCCUGACGUUCAUCAUCAUCGACUGGACGACCGGAGAGAAACGAGCUGGAGGUGGCCAUUAGAGCACAUCCGUUGACAUAGGGGUCCAAACGCCACACAGCAUCAUGCCCUGUCACCGUGCCACUUCUUGAUCACGUCUGGAUUGUGAGAAGGAUCAAACACGGUCGAAAGGCUGGACCCACAUCAUCGUGAGUCUUACCAUACCUGCGUCAUGGUAAGAUCGUUUCCCCACCAAUUCACAUCAAAAGGACAUGCUACUCUUCCAUGGAGGCUAGUCUUUGAGGAACCCAGUGAUGUCACUUUCUUUAUGGAAGAAGUUCUAGUCAGAGAUGUCACCCAGGCAGUGUCAGAGGUGCUGAUGAGGGUGUUGCCCAUGGAAACCCCUAAACCACUACUUGCUGCGUGUGUCGAAAGCCAUUAAGCUAGUACCUCGAAUGAAGAGAAUCUGGUGUAAAACAAAAGUGACAGAGAUAGAAGAAGAUGGGAGGGGUUAAUUUUGUCUAUACAAAGAGACUGGAUCUCUUUAACUGUCAGGCUUCCCUCCCUACCCAACUGCCAAACAAUUCACCCCACUGUUGUUUCUUGAUCAAAUAUCAACAGUGGUUUAAUCAACCAGCUUUAAGCAGAAGAGAAGAAAAUGUUAGUCUACAAUAGAUGUACUUUUAUGUCAUUACACUAUCCGUAGAUUUGUUUAUUGAAUGUAAUUUCAGCUAAAUUUCUUGAGGUAAUUGACUGGUAGUGUACAGUUUUUCUCAGUAGGUGCAGAACAUUUGAAAACAAAAUGAGCCACUAAUGAUAAAUCAAUCACUUUUCAGCAUGGUCUAACUAUUUACAUUUGACCAUGUUGCUUGAUGCCAAGUAAUGUAUCUACUCACCUUUUUCAGUUAUCAAAUCAAAGUUUAUUGUUCACAAACACAGUUUUGCAGAUGUUAUCACAUGUGCAGUGAAAUGCUUAUGCUUCUAGCUCCAACUAUGCAGCCAUAUCUAGCAGUACAAUAACCAGAGGUGUUUUGCCCUCUCAGAUUUGUCCUGUUUAAAAAUGUUUGUUUUUUUGUAAUACUACCAGCCACUUAACAAUUUUAUUGGCUUUAGCUAGCCCAUAUAGGUUCCCCAUGUCCUAACGUUAUAACUAGCUAGUUAGAUUAGCUAGCUUGUCGAAAUAGCCUAACUAGUAUGCCUGCUGGCAAGGUUGGUAGACUUUUAAAAAAGCAAGCAAUAACUCAUUGUACUGAAUACAAUUCCUUUCCAUCUUUUACCCAGAUUUAGCAAUGUGCAAAGAAGCAUAUUUAGUUUCUUUAAAAAACAGCUCUAGAGGUAUGCUUAGAUAUGCAGAAAAACAUACACAUUUCCCCCACACAGAAUUAAGCAUAAAUAUUAUGGUUGUAGAUUGCAGGAAAAAUCUGUUUCAGCUGUUUAAAAAAUGCUAAACAUAUCAAAACAAACAAUAUCAGAACGAGCAAUGUCAGAGUCCGGAAUAUAAAUAAAUAUACAGCGCCAGUCAAAAGUUUGGACACCUACUCAUUCAAGGUUUUUGAAACAUUUUUUAAAACUAUUUUCUACAUUGUAGAACAAUAGUGAAGACAUCAAAACUAUGAAAUAACACAUGGAAUCAUGUAGUAACCAAAAAAGUGUUAAACAAAUCCAAAAUAUUUUAGAUUUUAGAAUCUUCAAAGUAGCCUUCAUGACAGCUUUGCACACUCUUGGCAUAAUCUCAACCAGCUUCACAUGGAAGGAGUUCCCACAUAUGCUGAGCACUUGUUGGCUGCUUUUCCUUCACUCUGCGGUCCAACUCAUCCCAAACCAUCUCAAUUGGGUUGAGGUCGGGUGAUUGUGGAGGCCAGGUCAUCUGAUGCUCCAUUCCAUCACUCCCCUUCUUGGUCAAAUAGCCCUUACACAGCCUGGAGGUGUGUUGGGUCAUCGUCCUGUUGAAAAACAGAUGAUAGUCCCACUAAGCGCAAACCAGUUGGGAUGGCGUAUCGCUGCAGAAUGUUGUGGUAGCCAUGCUGGUUAAGUGUGCCUUGAAUUCUAAAUAAAUCACUGACCGUGUCACCAGCAAUGCACCCACACCAUCACACCUCCUCCCCCGUGCUUCACGGUGGGAAUCACCUACUCUGCGUCUCACAAAGACACAGCAGUUUGAACCCAAAAUCUCACAUUUGGACUCAACAGACCAAAGGACAUAUUUCCAUCUGUCUAAUGUCCAUUGCUUGUGUUUCUUGGCCCAACCUAGUCUCUUCUUCUUAUUGGUGUGCUUUAGAAGUGGUUUCUUUGCAGCAAUUUGACCAUGAAGCCCUGAUUCUCAUCGUCUCAUCUGAACAGUUGAUGUUAAGAUGUCUGUUACUUGAACUCUGAAACAUUUAUUUGGGUUGCAAUUUCUGAGGCUGGUAAUGCUAAUGAACUUCUCCUCUGCAGCAGACGUAACUCUGGGUCUUCCUUUCCUGUGGCGGUCCUCAUGAGAGCCAGUUUCAUCAGAGUGCUUGAUGGUUUUUGCGACUGUACUUGAAGAAACUUUCAAUGUUCUUGAAAUGUUCCGCAUUGACUGAACUUCAUGUCUUAAAGUAAUGAUAGACUGUAAUUUAUCUUUGCUUAUUUGAGCUGUUCUUACUAUAAUAUGGACUUGGUCUUUUACCAAAUAGGGCUAUCUUCUGUAUACCACCCCUACCUUGUCACAACACAACUGAUUGGCUCAAAAGCAUUAAGAAGGAAAGAAAUUCCACAAAUUAACUUUUAACAAGGCACACCUGUUAAUUGAAAUGCAUUCCAGUUGACUACCUCAUGAAGCUGGUUGAGAGAAUGCCAUUUGUGCAAAGCUAUCAUCAAGGCAAAGGGUGGCUACUUUGAAGAAUAUAAAAUAUAUUUUGAUUUGUUUAACACUUUGUUGGUUACUACAUGAUUCCAUAUGUGUUAUUUCAUAGUUUUUAUGUCUUCACUAUUACAAUGUAGAAAAUAGUAAAAAUAAAGAAAAACCCUGGAAUGAGUAGGUGUGUCCGAACAUUUGGCUGGUACUGUAUAUGUAUGUAAAUUGUGUUUAAGGACAGUAUAUGAAUAGAAAAGGUGUGUACAGUAGUAGCUAUAUAUGAUGAGCCAUGACUAGAAUACAGUAUAUACAUAUAAAUUGUACAUAUACAUAUAAAGUGGGUAAAACAGUAUUUAAACAUUAUUAAAAUGACCCGUGUUCAAUGACUCAGUUAACAUCAGUCUUUAAGGUGCAGGAGCAGUCAUCCUUUUCUGUAUCUCUAUAAGAAUCAUUCUGCAGAAUCAGUGUCUUCAAGUUAUUGCAAGUUUGGCUUUAAAUAUGCUGGACAGUAUGGUUUCAAUUCGGUAUCCAUCUUCACCACAAUAUUCUGAACAAUUAAUUUUCUGCUGCUAACACAUUUUCUUAAUUUGUGACAUUUAUUAUGCUGGUGCUAUUGAAAUAGGUGGGUUGUUCCCAUGAAAAGAGUGCCUUUUGCAUCCCUUUGAUAUUUUAAGUUAAAAUUAUGCACCAAUAUUGAAUUUUAAAAGCAUGUUAUAUUACAUGAAGUGUUUUUUAAUAUAGACCACAUGGAGUGCCCUUUAAUAUAGACCACAUGGAGAAUUCAAUAAAUAAAAACAAAAUUAUAUGAAUUAAGACUUUAUGCACUUCUAGGAAGACUUUAACUCACUUAACCUCAAAAUUUCUCCAACUUUUCACCAUCUUUGUAAAACCCUAGUUAUUUUGUUGCUUUGACAAAGUCAUGUCUGAAGACUAUUACUUAUUUAAUGAUUAGUGAUUCAUUUACGUCUGUCCCUCAUCUUAAUGUCAGAACUCUCGUUUAAAUAUGGUGAAACUAUUCCUUUAAAAAAAAAUGUUUUUCAAAAGAAACAUUGUACAUCUAAUAGUCAAAUCAUAGUGUAAAAGCAGGUGAGCUUGUCCUAUUCUUUUUGGCCCUUUUGUGAUGGGAAACUGUGCGGGUCGAGCAUAACAAGCCAACCCUGUUACCCAUAGAUAGACAGACAUUCAAUUGCCACGUCCUGUUGCACACAACAAGCUUCUAUUCCCCCUGUCACGAGGGGGUUUAUGGCUGAUUUAAGAUGAAAUCGUCUACCCUGUUACGGUCAACCCUGUUACAUUAUUUGGCACUUAAAAACCUCUUGAGAUGGGAAAAUGUGUUUCUUAUGAAGUUGAACGUGCUCUUUAUAACAAAAAUCAAACGUUUUUUUUUAUAAAGUUACACUUCUCAAAAGGCUGCAAAUUAGUGGAACGACCCAGGUAGUCUGCAAUAGUUUCUAUGUAUACUUGACAUCCAACAAAGAAAUAAGGCAAAAAUGAAGAAGCAAGUUCCAUAAAAACUGAAUGAUGGCAUUCAGCUGUGUCUUAUUUGACAAAUACAGUACACACAGCACACCGGGAACAUUCCCAGGACAUUAGCUAGCAUUCCCAUUAAUUUCUAGUUCGGGUUUUAUAUAACAUUAGGAUGAUAACACCCCCCCCCCCAAAAAAAAUAAAUUACAUUUUCUUUUAUGAAAUAUCCUUGGAAUGUUCUCCUAACAUUCACUAAAAUGUUGUGUACAUCAUCUGUACCAACCACCACAGAACAUUCUCCUUAGGUUCUAAUUAGGUUUCCAGGUAGUUUAAUAACAAAAUGUGUUCUGGCAUCAUCAGGGGAAUGUUUUAUACAAAUAUAUAAUCAUGAGCACAACUAGAUUGUUUAAGUGUCAUUAGAACUUUCAGGGCAAACUAAUGAAUGUUUUGGGAAUGUUCACAGAACCAAUUUUGGUUUGCUGGGCAGUCUGUCCAGAUAGUCAUUCAUGCAAUGCAGCAUGUGCCGAGUCCCUGAUUGCAAUGAUUUGUAUAAUGGAGACUUAGGUAAAACUAUUGAAUAAGGUCAAAUAUUGGGAAGCAAGAGGAUCUCAGAGCCCAUUUGGGCAGCUGAAUUAAUGUUUAGGAAGGACAAGGCUGAGUGUCUUGAAGAAAUUGUUACAUAAAGGUAAGCACAUUUUGUGUUUGACAUGGCACUAUUGUCUAUGAUAUUCUAUUUUCAAUAAAUAUGAAUGGUUGUCAGUA